CGUGCCGUUCCGUAGAUUGUCUCUUUUAAUCCCAUCACAUCAUAAAAUUGAGAAGACCGUAAAAGUUCGUUUCUUUUAUUUCGACCAAGGUUAAACCUAUCUUUUAUCGUAAAGACUUCUUUAACACUGGAGAUUUCACGUUAAUUUUAACUUGUUAGGAAAAUGUUUAUGUUAGCCAGAUAUGAUUUAAAAAGGUAGCGACAAAUUUUUUCAAGAAGCUCGAAGACACCCAAAGUGCCCAUGAAAAUGGGUCACAAGUGCACAGAGCAUAUUCAAUCCCAGGCACAGAAAUGUUUGGGUGAAACUACAAAGUUUGAUCAGGUCAUUGGUGGUGUGAAGCGAUGCUCAUGUCUACAGGAAAGUCGAUGCAUUCAUGUCUCAGGAUCAUUCAUUUUCUUAUUAAUUUUGGUAGCAGUUUUAGUGAUAUUCUGUCGUGAUCAUUUAAAAGACAUCAUUGAAUGGGUUGAAAACCUGCAGAAAUGGCAAGGAGCUCUACUAUUUAUUGUUAUGUUCACUAUAGUAUCAUUUCCAAUGGCAUGGGGUUACAUUGUACUUAACGUAGCUGCUGGUUACCUUUAUGGAUUUUGUAUAGGUCUAGCUGUUGUAAUUUCGUCUGUGUUCAUAGGAAUAUUGGUAUCAUUUCAAGUCUGUCGACUUUGUCUUAGAGAUUUUGUCCGAAAGCGUUUAGACUCUGAAAAUUUAUUAGCUGUUGUGAGAGUUGUCGAAGGCAAGAAAGGUUUUCGUGUUAUUGCACUCUCAAGACUUACUCCUUUACUUGGAUUGCAAAAUGGACUUUUGCGGUAAAUUACAAAUAUUAGCUUGACUAAAUGUUUAUCAGCUUCGUUAGUUGGCUUGCUUCCCACUCAAGCCAUGAAUACAUACAUGGGAAGCACAUUGCGUUCAGUAGAAGAUGUGAUCAGUGAACAUUCCGGCAACUAUGUCAUUUUGGUUCUACAAGUUAUUGUUACCAUAGGAUUAUCUGUUUAUGUGAUUAGAAAAGCAAGAAAGUAUUUGAACAAAGCUUGCCGCGAGAGUGAAGUUGAGAUGAUGUUAGAUAGAAGCGAAGUUGUCACAUCUAUACCAAAUUAUUUAGAUUUACCAUUACAAAAAGAAUCAAUUGUCAAUGGUGGAAAUGUUGUAAGUAAUGGUCAUAUUCCUAAUGGUCAUGCUGGCAAACAUGGACACAGAAGAGCACAGUCUCGUCCUAUUGUUGCCAUCCAUGAGUUGAAUGAAGAUAAUGAUAAACUAUCCUCUUGAAGACUGUUUUGAUAUUUUAUUUCACUUCAUUGUUUAAGUGAAGAUUUGGUAAAUAUGAUUGAUAAACAUGAGAUUUUCUAUUAUGCACAUUACAAAAUUAUACAUUUUCAAUUAUAAGUUGGUAUACAACUGCA